AGCCCCGGGACACCAAUCCGCUCAGGCUGACGGCUGCAGCAGCGCCUCCUCUCCGAGCCGUAUGGAGACACCGAGCACCUCAACACCAUGCACUCCUAAGCUCCAACACGCCGUCUUUUGUCUAGCCUGAGGAAAGUCUGCAAGAUCACUUUCCCUGCUCCGCUGACGUGAGGCGAGCGCACACGGAUUUUUUUCCUCCUCUUUCGGGGCAGCCUUCCUUUCUCCGGUCUCUCGCAGUCCGCCGCACGACUCUCGACUUUUCGGUGGGAAGAAGGCACUGUCGUUUCCCUGAGUGAAGCCCUACCUGCUCACCCAGCACCCAUGAAUUCGGAUAUAAAUGUGUACCUCGGCAAAGAGAAAUCGGGCAUCAUGCGGAAGAGAGCUCUGCUCCUUCGGAAAGGUUGCAGCUUCGAGAUAACCAGCUCUGCCUCGGAGGACUUGGGCUGCAGGCGGGGAGACUUCAGCAGGAAACACUAUGGUUCGGUUGAACUGCUGAUCUCCAGUGAUGCAGAUGGGGCGAUCCAGAGAGCAGGACGCUUCAGGGUGGAGAAUGGCUCGUCAGAUGAGACUACGGACUACACCCCAGGAACCUGGAGAAGAACCGAUGUCCAUCUGGAGAACCCGGAGUAUCACACCAGAUGGUUUUUUAAAUACUUCCUGGGAAAAGUCCAUCAGAACUACGUGGGCACAGACGCAGAGAAGAACCCCUUCUACUUGUCAGUGGUCCUGUCCGACCAGAACAACCAGCGGGUCCCUCAGUACAGAGCCAUCCUGUGGAGAAAGACGGGCACUCUGAAGAUCAGCCUCCCCUACAGCCCCACCAAAACACUAUCAGUCAAGUCAAUCCUAAGUGCAAUGAACAUGGACAGGUUUGAGAGAGGCCCCAGGGAGAUCCUCAACCCAGAGAUUCAGAAGGAUCUGCUGGUGUUGGAGGAGCAGGAGGGUUCUGUCAACUUCAAAUUUGGUGUCCUGUAUGCCAAAGAUGGACAGCUCACAGACGAUGAGAUGUUUAGCAAUGAGUCGGGGAGUGAGAGCUUCGAUAAGUUUCUCAAUUUGCUAGGUGACACCAUCACACUGCAGGGAUGGGCCGGCUACCGCGGAGGGCUGGACACCAAGAAUGACACUACAGGAAUGAAAUCCAUCUACACAGUGUAUCAGGGCCAUGAGCUCAUGUUCCAUGUGUCCACCAUGUUACCUUACUCUAAGGAGAACAAACAGCAGGUGGAGAGGAAAAGACACAUCGGAAAUGACAUUGUUACUAUAGUUUUCCAGGAGGGGGAUGACGCCUCUCCGUCCUUCAAGCCCUCCAUGAUCCGGUCCCACUUCACCCAUAUUUUUGCAUUAGUUAGGUAUAAUAGCCAGAAUGACAGCUACAGGUUGAAGAUAUUUUCUGAGGAGAGCGUUCCGCUGUUUGGACCCCCUCUCCCGUCUCCGCCUGUGUUUACUGACCACCAAGAAUUCAGGGACUUUUUGUUAGUCAAACUAAUCAAUGGAGAGAAAGCCACACUGGAGACCCCGACGUUUGCCCAGAAGCGCCAGCGGACCCUCGACAUGCUGAUCCGCUCGCUCUACCAAGACCUCAUGCCUGACCUGCACAAGGUUCCCUUUUCUCCCCAGAACAUGCUAAACCGACGCUCUUUCAGCGAUGUCCUCCCGGAGUCUCCCAAGUCGGCACGCAAGAAAGAGGAGGCACGGCAGGCUGAAUUUGUCAGAAUAGGGCAGGCACUAAAGCUGAAGACCAUAGUGAGAGGAGACGCCCCUACCAGCCUCGUUACCACAGGCCUUUGUAGGAAAGAGCCAUGGGAGUCCCAGUCAUUCUGCAGUACCUUCCCCUAUGAGAUGGUGUGUGCUGACUCCUGGGGUCAGUCUCUGCUGGUUGCCACGGACACGGCGGGAGUCAUGCUGUUAGACGGCCCUGAUCCGGCUUCGUCCAGCGCCGAGACGCAGACGCUGCCCCCGGUGCAGGUGUUCGACAAAACCAUGAUGGUGAAGCAGAUGCACGUUCUCGAGCCUCAGGACCUCCUUAUCACCAGGGCUGACAAAGGGAAGGAUGCUCGGCUGUAUGUGUUCAGACUCAGCGCACUGAGGAGAGGCCUGGAGGAGAGGCAGCUUGUCAGAAACAAGUGUGACAGCCGGGAGAAUAAACUGGAGAAAACUAAAGGCUGUCAUUUGUACUCUAUAAACACCCACCACGGCUCAGAGCUGAGGAUAGUGGCAGCCAUCAGGAACAAACUCCUCCUCAUCACCAGGAAACAGCCACGCCUCGAGGGCUUCAGUGCCAUCGCCGCAGGAGCAGAGUCGCCAGUGGAGGAGUUUCAGUAUAUACGGGAGAUCUGUCUGUGUGACCCUCCGGUGGUGAUGGCGCUGGUGGACGGGCCGACGGGGGAGAACGACAACAUGAUCUGCGUGGCAUACAAGCAUCAGUUUGAUCUGAUCAAUGAGAGCACUGGAGAUGCCUAUCGGCUACAUCAUGUAGACGCCAACAGGGUAAACUUUGUCGCAGCCAUUGAUGUGUAUGAAGAUGGGGAGGCCGGCCUGCUACUGUGUUACAACUACAUUUGCUACUAUAAGAAAGUGUGCCCGUUCAACGGCUCCACCCCGAUGAUCCAGUCCAACACCUCCGACUUCCACUUCAGCUGGAACCAGAUGCCCAAGGCUAUCGUGUGCGCAUUUCCUUACAUUCUGGCCUUCACAACGGACUCCAUUGAGAUCCGGCUGGUAGUCAACGGCAACCUGGUUUACACAGCAGUGGUCCCGGAGCUACAGCUCACCGCCUCACGGUCGGACAUCUAUUUCGUUUCGUCGGCUCCGGUGAGUUCGGCCUCCAACUGCAGCUCCAGAGACACCAGCUCCCACAGUUCUCCUCAGACGCCCACCGGCUACGAGAUGCCCGUGUUUCCUUCACCGCUCGGUGAUGAUUCUAUACGGAUCCCCUAUGGUACCAAGCUUUCCCUGUACAUGUCUAAGGAUGCCGAAGGUGAAUCAGCCUGUAAGCACAUCUUCAAGAUCCCACUGAGUAACCUGGUGGGCCGCAGCAUCGAAAGGCCCCUCAAGUCGCCUCUGGUCAACAAAGUGCUGACGACCCCGGCCCCGGUCAUGGUGUCCCCCGCGCCCCUCAUCUCCGCCACGCACUCUCUCUCUCUGUCCCGCAUGGAGAUCAAAGAGAUAGCAAGCCGCACCCGGAAAGAGCUGCUUGGCCUGACAGAGGAGCCGAGUGGGAAGUCGGACAGUGGCACCGUCAAGCAGAGGAAGAUGAGCAAGAAGAACACGGAGGAAGAGCCCAAAGCACGAGCACUGACGUCUACAAACAGCGACAGGUUAGCCUCAGAGUCCGCCGACACCGACCUGGACGUGCAGGGGCAUUGUCUGUCCGGCUCAGAGGUGGAGCCGGAGAAGGUGGUGCUGCAGGCGGAGAGCCCGGCCCUCGCCAGCGCAUUCGCCCUCACCACGUCAUUCGAGGAAGACGUCCUGGACCUAAAGUGAAGACAAUCCCAUCAUGCACUUCUUCUUUGCCCUCCUUCUCCUGUUCUGUCGUUGUCAUCAUUUUGGUUUGGUUUUGCUUUUUUAAAAUGUUUUCUUUCAGGUUGUUAUUGUUGAACUCUUUUUGUUGGUUUCUUUUUGUUUAUGGCUCCGUUCAUCAGACGUGGUGGGUGCAGCUGGAGUGUGAAGAUGUGUGUGUGUGUGUGUGAGUGUGUGUAUGUUUCGUAAGUAGUCCCUCAGCCGCUGUGUGUUGGGUGUUUAUGUUGCCCUGCAGCGAAUAACCCAAAGAGGCUACGAGGUUAUGUAAGAUGGUUUAUCCUGAGUUCCACGACACCCUGGAGAUAAUGUUUAUGGUUUCCUCCCAAACCAAAAACUGAAUGUAAAUCUGCGCACCAAGGCACGACAAAACUCUGUGUUCACGAUGCCCUCUUGAAGUAUGUGUUGUAUAUUAUGUGAUUAUUUCCAAUCCACUUUCAAAUGUUGUAUGAUAUGCAUAUGUAUGUGUACAUCUGUUUAUACAUGAAAAUGCAUACACAGCGACAGACGUAUGCCUGUCACGCCUGUAAUGCAAAUUUAUAGAUAUAUUAUAUAAAAAAAAAACACAUUUAAUUCCCAUAUUUAGUAAAAGUAUAAUGUUUUAUGCUCUCUCCGCGUAUUAGUCCUUAUUAUUCUCCUUGAUCACGGUAUACAGGUAGACAGGGCUGGAGGUGAAGUCUCCCACAAGUGCCAUUUCCCAGCAUCCUCCACUGAACCACACCGUAUGCUGGCGUCUGACAGUAGAUAUUAACUAACCAUGGCGACCCAGAGCUACAGCAUAAUUUCCCAUCAUGGAGGCACUUCUCUGCCACACGCACUAAACAUCUUGCCCAUAAAAAUGAGCGUAUCUUAAAUCUGCAUGACUUGCCUUUGCUACGUGUUGUGUCUUUUGCGCUGAAAAAAAGCAUCUUCGGAAAACCCACCCGGGGGGUCUGCGUCACCUUACCACAGCUAGCGGCGUGAGGCAGACCACAAGCUGAGACGGACGCUGAGAGGUCAGUAAACUUUACGUCACGUGGGACGGCACGAGGCACCACAGUGGCUCUCUGCAUCUCAAAGGGCCGUGAGGAUCUUAGUACUGUAAACUGAAAAACUAACAUGACAAACAUUGGGAGUUUACAUGAAAAAACAGCAAGAUUUUGUGAACAAACUAAAACUUUUAACUAAAACUAUCUUGUCUACUUGUAAAACGAAAUAAAUAAAAUCAGUAUAUACGUGAACUGCUUUUAGUUUUCGUCUUUUUGUUGAUGUGCAGGGCGACGGAGAUAAUAACAAGGCUACUUUUUUUUUAGUUAGUGCAAGUUAGGCAAGUUAGUGGAGGAUGUACUUGAAAUCAUCAUGUAAAUAAAUGGAAAAAGAGGGUAGGAUUUACUGUCUGUGCUGCACACAUGCAAAAUGCCUGGUCAGAGCUUGUGUUACGACACAUUUAACAAAUUUAACCAGACACUUAAGAUCAAAACACUACCGAACCCACUCUGAUGAGGAAAUAAUAACUAAACAAAUAAAAUGCAAAAUUAAAACUGCAUAAAAAAAACAAUAAUAGCCCUUGUGCAAUGUUUAACACUCACUAGGACCAACCACACUAAAGAUGAAUCAGCUCUCUUUAUUGUAAGUUGUUUUGGGUUGAAGCAUCGUUUAAAGGGAAAGAGAAAGGAUUUGAAGAUUUUUUUGGCCUUUUAUGUUUUGGUCCCUUUAAGCACAGUAGGAGCAAAAAAAAAUAAUAAUUACAGCUUAUGUUAAUGGCUCAAUUUAUUUUUCUGUCACUUUGACAAGUGUUACAAAGUGAUAAGAAAAUUUUAAAAAACAGAAAUUGUAAAAUUCCAGUUAAGAAAAUAUAUGCAAGGAAGCAAAAAAAAAAAAGUAAAAAAAAAAGAUAAUUUACAUUUAUGGUUAAUUUUCUGCCACUGU